AUGUCUUCUCCCGUCAAGCCUUUGUCUCCUCAGAGACUGUCCGUGUCUAACUCCCGGUCCCAUUCUCCACAGAAAUUGACCCCUUCCCCCACAAAAGCAACUAAUCCAUUUCAAGCUACCCCAACUAGAAUCCCUAGACUUGGUUUCAGUAUGGACCGUCCUGGUCGUAACAACAGUCCAUCUGCCUCGCUGAAGCCUGCUUUUUCCAUUUAUGAAGACACACCAGAGGAGCAUUUUAAGUACCAUAACGCAUCUCCACUAAAAGAUGAAAAAUGCCAUGAUGACAAGGAAAAUGUCUUACAGCCCAAGGUAAUGGCGCUAAAACAGACUAAUUAUAGUUUUAGACGUCCUUUGAGCAAUUUGAGCAUCAGCCAAUUCCCUGGUUACAUGUCUGCUCGUGGGCAAUUACAGCUAGGCCCAGUGCAACUCAAGGAAAUGUACCAACCCAAACAUUACACCAACGAGUCCAGAAGUGUCCACAAGUUCAAUCGGUUGCCCAGCUACAUCACCCCUCCAAGGAAUAGUUUGCGGAAGAUCUUAUAUCGCUCUACUGAAGUAGAGGACGAUGACGUUGAGCUUCGCUUGAUAGCAAAACAAAAUGAUUACAUAAGACGCAAGCGGUCCAUGUCUGUUGGAAUCAAUAAGGGUAAGGCACAUCUUGUUGCCAAAAACAAAUUCAAGAUCAUGGCGAACUAG